CAUACUUCGACGUGAACAGUCCUAUUUAAAUUAAUUUGAAUAACAAGAAAUAAAAAUGGGUUGCGGCGAAUUCCUCGUUAAAUAUAUUUUGUUUUUUGCGAAUCUAUUUUUCGCGCUGGCCGGUCUGGCCUUGAUCGGCUUGGGUGUGGCUGUUGAACUUCAAAUAAAAGAAAUAAUCAAUGCGGUGGAAUCCAGCAAUUUCCACGUCGCACCAAUUGCGGCGAUCGUAGUUGGUAGCGUAGUAUUUUUAAUUGCUUUCUUCGGAUGCUGCGGUGCGGUCAGAGAGAACAACUGCAUGCUUAUCACUUACUCUAUAUUCAUGCUGAUUUUGAUGCUUGUGAAAGUGACCCUGGCUGUUCUGAUCUUCGUUAACUUGGACGGCUACAUUAAGCAGAUACCACGUUGGCUCAACGAGGCCUUCACCAGAGACCAAACUGGUUUUCACGAAAUUGAGAAAACGUUCAAAUGCUGCGGUCCUACUGGUCCUCUGUCCUAUGGCGCCCUGAAGCUUCCAGAGACCUGUUGUGCAUCAUCCCCCUGCACCCUAUUAAACUCUUAUACCGGCUGCUCAAAUGUUGUCGAGGACUUCUUCGAGACAUUCGGAGUAGCUAUUGGUGCAUUAGCCAUCGCCGUUGCCGCAAUUGAGUUGGUGGCAAUUGUUUUUGGUUUGUGCUUAGCUAACCACGCCCGCAACCAAAGUAGGAGGGCCCACUACUAAGUUAUUGAUUAUAACUUAGUCUAAAUGUACAAUCAUUGUAUGUUAAGGAAGCAAUAUCUUAAUUUUUUCAGCAAGCACUCUGUAAAUUCGAUUUAGUGCCAGGCAAAGGGUGCAAUUAUAUUAUAUCUAUUGAAAUAGAGAUUUUUUACUUGAUAUGCUUAUGGUGAAUAGGAUUAAACAUUAAAAAGGAA